AUUUUGUCAAGUGACGUCUUCAGAUCUCCAUUUUUUUUCCUUUCAAUCUACUUUCGUCUUCAUUCCACUCUCUGGGUCUCUUAACCAUUCUCCGGUUAUUUCUCCGGCUCGAUUUCUCACUGAUUAGCAAUCGGCGACUAUGUUCCUCGUCGAUUGGUUCUACGGCGUCUUAGCAUCGCUCGGCCUCUGGCAAAAAGAGGCCAAAAUUCUCUUCCUCGGCCUCGAUAAUGCCGGAAAAACCACUCUCCUUCACAUGUUGAAGGACGAGAGAUUAGUGCAACACCAGCCGACUCAACACCCUACCUCAGAAGAGCUGAGUAUUGGGAAAAUCAAAUUCAAGGCUUUUGAUCUUGGAGGCCACCAGAUUGCUCGUCGAGUCUGGAAAGAUUAUUAUGCUAAGGUGGAUGCAGUAGUUUACCUGGUCGAUGCCUAUGACAAAGAGCGGUUUACCGAAUCGAAGAAGGAGCUUGAUGCCCUCCUUUCGGACGAAGCGCUGGCUGAUGUUCCAUUCCUUGUGCUCGGAAACAAGAUUGACAUCCCCUAUGCAGCUUCUGAGGACGAGCUAAGAUUUCACCUGGGUUUGAGCAAUUUCACGACUGGCAAGGGAAAGGUUAUUCUUACCCAGACUAACGUUAGACCGCUCGAGGUAUUUAUGUGUAGCAUCGUCCGCAAGAUGGGUUAUGGCGACGGGUUCAAAUGGCUCUCUCAGUAUAUCAAGUAGUACCAACAUUGGGUAAUUAGCAUCCAUUAUUCCAUAUAGGUCAUCAUCUCUGCCUGACUGAAUGUAGUUUGAGUGAGAAAAAUAUUCGGCAACUCGAGAAUUGUUCCGUUGGAACUCGGUUUCGUUGUCACGAUUUUCUCUGAUUAUUGUUUUUGACUUGAUUAGUGACAUUAUUGUUGCUUUAAACUCUGAAUAAAGUUCAUAGAUCAUUCACUUCUAUAGAA